AUGAGAUUUCGAUCCCAAGUUUCCGGGCCAGCCUCAAUCGUGGGGCUGGCAAUUACAGCCGCCUUGUUUCUGACAAGAAAUUCUGCCAGCUGGGCCCGCCCCUUCUGCACAUGUACUGACGGCGAUAGCUGUUGGCCAUCCGAGUUGCAAUGGCAGGAUCUUAACGCCUCUGUGGGCGGUCGUCUCAUUGCUUCAGUUCCUCCAGCGUCUGUCUGCCACGACCCGAACUAUGACGAGGCCGAGUGCGCCGCUAUUCGCAAGGACUGGGUUUGGCCAGAGAUUCACGAAUCUUGGCCAGGCGGCAUCCAGAGCCCUUACUGGCAGAACUCCAGCUGCGAUCCAUUCACUCCUGCUGAUACCCCUUGUACGCUGGGACAUAGUGUUUCCUACGCUAUCAACGUAACAAAUGCAAAAGACGUCGUGCAAGGUCUUUCAUUCGCACGCAGGCACUCCCUACGGCUGGCCAUCAAGAACACAGGACAUGAUUACAUGGGAAAGUCCGCCGCCAAAGGGGGCCUUGCCCUAUGGACAAGUAGCCUCCGUUCGAUAGAAGUGCUGGAUUUUGAAAGCGAAACAUACACCGGUCCCGCUAUCCGAAUGGGCGCCGGCGUACGUGGGCUGGAAGCCUACACGGCUGCCGCCAACAAAGGUCUUCGCGUGGUUGGAGGCUUUUGCCCGACGGUAGGCGUCGCCGGCGGUUAUACCCAAGGCGGAGGCCACGGUCCGUUGAGCUCACAGUAUGGGCUCGGAGCCGACCAGGUCCUUGAGUGGGAAGUCAUCACGCCUUCCGGAGAACAUCUGGUGGCGACACCUCUGCAGCACUCAGAUCUGUACUGGGCCUUGAGCGGAGGCGGACCUGGCACCUACGCAGUCGUGAUCUCGCUAACCGUGAGAGCAUAUCCUGACGGCUACAUCGGAGGUGCGACUCUGGCAUUCUCUACCGCCGGCGUGGCGAAAGAUGACUUCUGGAAUUUUUUCAAAAGCUGGCAAGACCUCCUUCCUAGCCUCACUACCGCCGGUGGGACAGCUGGAUACGCCGUCACCAAGGACGCCUUCUUCAUCGCACCUAUUACCCUCCCUGGGUGGACCAAGCAACAGGUCUCCGAAUUGAUAAGCCCGCUGGUCGACCGACUCGAUCAACUAGACGUACAGUAUACGCUCGAAGUGACAUCGGAACCCACAUUCUUGGAACAUUACAGCAAGCACGGUGGACCUCUGCCCCGAGGCCCUUACACGAUUCACCACCUCUUUGGCGGAAGGAUGAUCCCGCGCUCCAAUGUCGAGGAAAACAGCACCGCUCUUGUCGGGGCCUUUCGCAACAUUCUUGAAGACACGAAUGCUUUUCUGGGAUUUGUUGCUCUGGAUGUAAAGCCGGUGCCUGGACGGAAACCCGUUGCGGACAAUGCCGUCCUCCCGGCCUGGCGAGACACCCUGAUCACGGUACUCGCACAGUCGACGUGGAACUUUAGUGCGCUUAGAGCGGACGGCCAACGUCGUGCCGACGAAAUCACCGACGUCGUUGUGCCAAGACUGAGGGAACUUACGCUUGGUUCCGGGACUUAUAUGAAUGAGGGCGAUUUCCAGCUCAAAACUUGGAAAGAGGACUUCUAUGGGGCAAACUACCCGCGGCUGCAAGCCAUCAAGUCUAAAUACGACCCCGAAGGUCUUCUCUUUGGGCCUACUGGAUCCAUGGUUUUCGUGACAGCCUACGAAGCUCUCGGCCUUACUGGCCUCGAGCAUUCUCUGGAGUCCACAGGCGCCAAAGCCAUCUUCGUGGAUCACCAUCUCUGUCAAAAGGUGACUUCUGCAAUGACAAACAGAUCUCUUCCACGAGUUGAGGCCAUAGUCUAUAACGACCAGCCAAGUGGUACAUUUGAUGCAGGUGCUGAGUGGAUCAAAGACUUGUUCGAACUCAAGAAGACACAACCAGGGCUUCAAAUACUCAGCUUCAGCCAGCUAUGCCAGGUUGGCCGGAGCAAGAUGAGUGAGCCUGUUCCACCUGACAGGGAGGAUCUUUGCGCCAUCUACUACACUUCUGGGUCUACAGGAAUACCGAAAGGAGUUCCGGUGAAACACAAGGCCGUUGUAGCGGCAGUCACAGGUCUUGACUCCGUGAUCGGCGACUAUCUCUCGUCUUCCGAUUCUUUCCUCGCAUACUUACCAUUAGCUCAUGUUCUUGAAUUCGCCUUCGAAAAUAGCUGUCUCUACUGGGGUGUGAAGAUGGGCUACGGUGGUGCACGUACGCUCUUCGACCGUAGCACUCCAUCUGGCACUCUCGAAGUGGGAGACAUAAAUGCCUUCCAACCCACCUUUAUGAUCGGUGUUCCUGCUAUCUGGGAAAGGAUUAAAAAGGCGAUUUUGUCCAACGUGGAAAAUUCAAGCUUUAUUGACAGACUUGCUUUCUGGUCGAGGGUCAAAGCAAGAGAAGUAUGGGCCGCAGCCGGAUUGGCCGGGACAUGCGGCUUCAAUGGGAUAUUAUCGUCCGCCGCCAGUGAGGUGGUUGGGCCCCGGCUGCGGUUCGCCAUGUCAGGCGGCGGGCCCGUAGCGGAAAGCACGCAAAACUUCUUGACCAUGGCGAUGGCUCCUUUGAUUAACGGAUAUGGCUUAACCGAGACAAUGGCCAUGGGUGGUCUGAUGGAUCCCGGCCAAUGGCGACCAGGAUCUAUGAGCAUCCCGGCCAGUAUAGAAAUGAAACUGGUUGACUGCCCUGAUGCAGGCUACCUCACCAGUAACACUCCAUCACAGGGGGAGAUCUGGAUACGGGGCGAUAGUGUUAUGGAAGGGUACUAUGACAACGACGAUGAGUCCAAGAGUGCAGUCGCGCCUGGCGAUUGGAUCCGCACUGGCGACAUUGGGCAGUGGGAACCCACAUGCAGCGGCGACGACUUUCAUUUCAGAAUCAUUGACCGGAAGAAGAACCUCGUCAAGACACUCAACGGAGAGUACAUCGCGCUUGAAAAGCUAGAGUCUAUCUACCGCUCUGCAAAGCUUGUGGCUAACAUCUGCAUCCACGCAUCGCCUCACCGCGCAAAGCCAACGGCUAUAGUCGUUCCUUCACCGCCAGCCUUGGAGGACCUAGCUAAGAGACAUGGUUUAGAUACCCCCUGCGAAACAUCAGCGCUUAUACGACAUCCGUUUGUCGUGCAUGGCGCUCUUCUGCAAUUGCAACAGAUUGCUCAGGAGGCCGGACUUGCCUCGAUUGAGGUGGUAGAGGCUGUUGUGCUUGUUGACGAUGCAGAGUGGACUCCUCAAAAUGUUAGUGCCAUCAUUCAGAACUGA